GUUGAAUCAAUUCCCAGUGUGGGCACUGUGUUCAGUGAGGCGGGCGGGGACCGCAGAUCGGCAAACAGGUUAAAUAAAGCGGAGGUCAUUUCAUAGUGGAUGUGUUGAAACGAAGGCGGCCAUUGCCCCUAACACCCCCUCACGUGACAUCCCCGUCUACCUGUUCAAACGAGUACAAGAGGAAAGAAAGCCGAGAGCAUUUCAAAUAUGGACCGUGGAUAAAAAAGGAUUGAUUACUAAAACAAGGCAUCAGCUGUAACGACAGAUCAAGUCAGCCUCAACCAAUGAUGACGAUGCAGCGCCGGAAGCCUUUUGUCCUUAUGAUGCUCACUGGCGCGUGCAUCCUGCUGAUCCUAGAACACGUUGUGCUGCCGCCUUUCACGAGUAUGAUGGGAGGUGAUACUACGUCCAGUCCUAGAAAGACGUGGGAGAAAAUUGACUGGGCCCAGCCCCGCUCAAGUUCUGGCAAGACGCAGGUGUACAGAUUCAACGGUAGUCAGAUGCAGAAACUCCACGAGUUCUGUACGUGGACCGUUCACCUGGACUGCGUUCCUCUGAGGACGUCGUCGGGCGCGAUACCGAUACAUAUACACGACGUCGUGGUCGACAGGUUUGUGUCCAAAACUUUAAAGGAGGUUGGGACAUGGGAACCAGAAAAUAUAGAUCUUAUUGGCUCAGAAUUGAACAAGGACCCUGAGCUUGGCUUCAUGGAUCUAGGAUCUCAUGUUGGCGCCUACUCCCUGUCUGUGGCCAAGUUCGGGAGGAAGGUGGUAUCUGUGGAUCCGCUCAUAGAGAAUGUCCAGCGACUGUGUAAGUCCAUUCAGAAGAGUGGCUUCACAGACAGGAUGACCAUCAUAUUCAACCCUCUCGGGGCAAACAAUAGCCUUGUCAAUUUCAAACGGGAAGUGGACAACGUUGGCGGUACAAACGUUGUGGCGUCGUCGGGUUCGUCCCCUGCAUCACCGUGCGAGGAAUCAGCAGACUCGUAUACAAUAACUCUUGACGACAUCUUGCCCUAUCUGCCUUUCAAGAAGGCAGUUAUAAAAAUGGACAUACAAGAGUACGAAUACUAUGUUAUCUCAGGUGCCAAGAGGUUUUUCAAGGAGAUAGAUGUUCCAGCAAUUCUUAUGGAAUGGGUGCUUAUGAAAUCAGAUGUCAAUGGAAACAGACUGGUAGAUUUAUUAUUAAGUUUAAAUUAUUCUGCCUACGAGCCACGUAUUGGGGGCGAAAAGCUCGACCCGAAGCUAUUUAAAACUUGGCCAUAUGAUGUUAUAUGGAAAAAAUAGAUUUUUUUACCAUUAAUCUUCUGCCACGACCACUACUAAUACUAACGCAUGACCAUCAAUGGUGUAUACACUCAUGUGCCACGUGCUUGUCACCUAGCCAUACAUUCCCAGAGUUUUCUGUGUUAUUUCAGUGUAGAAUAAGUAGAUACAGUAUCACCACAUAAAAUAGUCAAUCAAUAUGUAUAUAGUAAAUGGAAAAUAAUUAUUGCCAGUUAAGUACGAAUGAUUUUUGUUACGUAUUUCAAAGCAUAUUCUAUACAGUUAAAAUAAGAAAAAAAUACACAUUUUCCUAGAUUGUUGGUGGCUCAGUCGUCUAAGGCCAGGUUUACACAGUGCCGACUAUGGCUCCGAAUUCAGAUCAGACAGUGCUACGACACGGAAAGAGAAAAAGUCGGAUUACUAUCCACAAUGAUCUGGAAUGUCCUAUCAUCGUCUAAACGCAGUCGUAUACAUUCGUAACAGAGUCCUACGGAUCGGGAAAGGUUCCGAGAGGUCGGCCAAGCACUCCCGACAGUAUGUUGCGUCCCGUAAUAUUCGGGAAACGAUUUUGUCUAGUCGGAAUACAAUCGUGACUAUGUCGUGACAGAUUCUGCUGAAUCGGAUCAAAAUCGUAACAAUGUCCUGUGUUGUCCAGACUACCUCCUGUGAGCGGGGCGCUGUCGUGAUGAACGGGUAUGAAUUGUUCAUUGCCGUUUCUUGUCGCUUGAGUCAGAUUGCGUCCAGAUCUUGCCGAAUGGCGGUUCACUGUCCGGUCACUGUCUGAUCUCUGUCGGAUCGCAUCGGGAGAAUCGGGACGCUGUCGGGACAGAUUCGGUCGUUUUUGACCAUGCGGAAGAUACAAUUCGGGUCGGAUUGAGAAUCGGUACGAAUUCGGGACUCUUCCUGAACCAUAUCUGAUUGUUUGUGAAUUUCCCGCCACGAAUCACAGGAUCUUGAUCAGACCUUAGACAAAUUUUAAUCGGGAAUGGUCCUAUCAAGGACCAGUAAAAAUCCUGAAAGUGUGACUGAGGCCCUAGGCACUGCAACACCCUGUGCAGAGUAGCGUCCCCGAUUAUGUUUCUAGGUUUGUCAGCACCAUACCCGUGCUCGUCGGUUUCACCGAAACGGUAAACGUCUGAGACCUGCAUCACUUCAGGCUUUCCUCUCACAUUAAGCUGACACGUUGUGAUAUAACUGGAAUAUUCUUCAAAGCGGCAUUAAAUUCAACUCACUAACUCAAAGAAAAUAUAUUUAUUUCGCAUCGGCAAUAUUUGGGACAACGCGACGGUUGGGUACUGUGCUUCUUUAAGUCUCAUUAUGAUAACCAUGAUCAUCAUCCAUCAUCAUGUAUAACAUAAGUUCCAAAUAUGUUCGAAUGAAAAUCAAUUCAACAUCGCAAAAUAUGAAUGCACUGAGCGUCUUAACUUGUACACAAAACAUAAUCUAUCAACAAGGAUGAAAAGUAAGCAUAUUUAAUAUAGACUGGUAUGAGAAUCCAUGAUAUCUAUAAAUAUAUUUACUUUUCAUGACGAAUGUAUUAAACAUACUUACUGUUCAUCCGUUUAUAAAUAUUAUGUAACUUGUGUAUAGUGCUACGUGUCGAUUCCCAAAUUGAAACAAUAUGUUAAUCCAGGAAUCUACGUAAAAUAACUUAAUGUGAUGUGAUCUAAAUGCCUGUCGUACUAAUUGUGCGGGAGAUGCGGACACACACGCUACUCUCCCCUUAUAUACAGUCCGACUCACUUCCAAAAAACAAGGGGGCACGCGAUUCGCUGUGCAGAGUUGCUCACUUGGGCACGCCAGAAACCUAUGAUUGUGGGUUCGAAUCCCGGUUCGCCCCGAUUAUGUUUCUAGGUUUGUCAGCAUCAUACCCGUGCUCGUGGG